UGUGCGGCUUUCCUGCUGGUAGACACCGCGCAGCGGGUGGACCUUCACACGUUACCUUGUCAGAGACAGUAAAUUUAUGCUAGAGUAGGUUUACAAGUACCUUCAGUUGCCCAGAUAAGCAUUUUGAUAGUCUCCUGAAGCCAUUGUGAGUCAAGGAUGAAAUGGUUCGGGUUCAGGAGUCUGUGUAAAUUCACGAACGAAUGAAUAAGGGGUUUGUUGUUUGAGGGGUGUUAUUGCAAUGGAUGUGUACACGUGCGAUGUCCACGCCAUGUAAAGCGACGUGAUCGGUCAGCCCAGUGCAGCGAUGACCGUGCCCUGCUCGCAGGACAGGAGUGGCUAUUGACAAAGCAAGAAAAAGUUGGCCAUCUUUCAUGGACAUCCAACAGUAGGCAUACAUUAGUAGAACUGUCAUGCAAAUAUUUAAAUUACAGUUUGUUCAUGAUGCAAAUUAUCGUAGGCACGAUUCCCGCUUCAAAUACGAGUCGAGGGUCUAAAGUACAAAUCUCAUUUUGACUGAGUGACAAGCUCCAAACUAGUCACAAUGUCCCAAAACAAUAACAAUCCAAUACUGCUUAUAUUCGUAUAUAAAGCAUAAAUAGUAAUAUGAGUUAAAUAUGAUUAACACUAAUGUAAAGAACCAGAGCCAGUUCAGCAAAAGUGUUUUACUUUAGUUUACAACCUUGGCAGAUAUACUAAGUUUUUAUUAUUUUUUUUAGUUAAAGUAUAUAAACCUUAACCAUUACACCACAAUCACAUUCAUAAACUUCAGGGAAAGACCGAAGUAUGAAAAUAUUAUCUAAGUGAAUGUUUUGCAAUAACAAUAAUGUAAUAUAUAUUCACAUAUGAAUAUUGUACCAUUUACCAUAUCACCAUGUUUACCACUGUGCAGAUACGUUUUAAGGACACCAAGGGCAGCGGGAGGGAUUUAAACUGCAUUACCCAUAAAGCUCGGCGAAUUCCUGCUGUUGACGUGGCCAACAUUUUGCAUGGAGCCGGGCCGAUUUAAACCAGUUAUUCAAUACCUCAUUCUGAAUAAAUAUCUUUACGUUUUUUUUGUACACUCCAAAACAAGGAAUACAAAUUUCUGUAUUAUUUGAACUUAGUGAUUUUUUAAAAUAUCUGUAAUUGAAUAGCACACGGUGACUAUGUCCGGAAAAAUAAAGAGUAGAAGCGCCGCAAAUGCCGAGUCGAUGGCAGGCAGCGUGUCCUGCGACGAGCGGAUUCUGCGGGAGUGCCAUCAAAUUUACACCGAUGUCGAUAGCGGGCUGAUCUCGAUCGCAGAGUCAGUGGGGGUCACCCUCCUGCCCCCCAGGAAGAAAAUCACGGUCAUGUUGAUGGGUAAUCACUCUGCAGGCAAGAGCUCCUUUAUCAACUGGUACGUGGAGGAGCACGUUCAGCGGACAGGCGUUGCCAUUGAGACGCAGGGCUUCAGCUUUGUCACCAGUGGACGCAAGAGAGAGAGCCUGACUGGAAAUGCGACCCUUCACCUGUACCCUCACUUCAAACCUCUGCAAGAGUUCAAAGGUGUGUCGGAGUACCUGUGUACGGAGAUUUGCACUUCCCGGCAGAAGCGUUUUAGCCUGGUGACCUUUGUGGACACUCCUGGCUUGGUGGAUGGGGAUAUGAAGUACCCAUUCGAUGUGGAUCAGGCUUUACUCUGGCUGGGUAACCUGUGUGACCUCAUCCUGGUGUUCUUCGACCCAAUGGGCCAGGCUCUGUGCAAGCGCACUCUCAACAUUGUGGAGAAUCUGAAUGAGUCACAAGGCGACCGGUUACACUUCUACCUGAGCAAGGCUGACGAGGCCGGGACUGAGUCAGACAGGCAGAGGGUGAUGAUGCAGAUAGUGCAGGAGCUGUGCAAGAGGCCGGGACUCAACAAGUGUGGAUUCGACAUGCCUACCAUCUACAUCCCCAAUCCCAGCAAGUCCAGCCGCUGUGUGAACCAGGUCGAGGAAGUGUGUCGUACUAUCGAGAAGACCAUCAACCAGACGGUGCAAAACACCCUCAACUCCCUGGAGAAGGAUUGUGAGGCCGUGAGCCAGGCCAUCACCGCCACGCUGGUGACAGACAGGCAGAGCAACAUGAAUAACCGACGUGCCCGCUGCCAGGCCUGCCUCCUGGGGCUGCUGGGCCUCCUCGUACCCUUGCUGCUCCUGGCAGUCCUGAUGCUGGGCCCCAUGUCUAAGGGCGUUUUGGAGGCAUUGCUGGGCCCAAACGGGACCGCGGCUCUCUGGCUUUAUCUGGCUCCCGCAUCCCAAGCGUUUAAGUCGUUGGAUGUCCAGCAGCAGCUGUACCUUCUCGGUGGCCUCAGCCUGCUGUCUGUCACCCUGCUACUCCUGGCUCGCCUUUUCUUCCGAACUCGAUCGACACUCUCAAGCAGGCAGAAGAGGCAGCUGCAGGAGAAGCUGGAGUACGUCCAGGAUGUCGUGAAAAAUAAGAAGAAGAAGCUUUAUGAAGAUUAUCUACGCCAGAGUGUCUCCGAUCACGAUAUGGACUAAGGAAUAGAAAAUGAAGAAUACAGGGAGUGCUACUAAGCAUAACUUAGAGGGCACCGCACAUUCCAGCCUGUAUGAGUCAGUCCAGGCCUUCGGACUGUGCCUCACACUCGAUCACUACCAGGUGUGGGAAUUGGAGUUUAUUGGUACAUGUUUACCGCCGAACAGUUGCAGGCUUCGGAAAAUCCCCCAGACACUACCUGUCCUGGAACCUUCCGUAGUUAGGGUGAUUAGUUUUGUAAGAAGCUUUGUAUAAAACUAUUAUCACAAGUAUUGUAAUGUUACUUGGUAUAACUUUUUAAUCGUGGAAUUAUGGUUCCUCUGAGGAAUUUUGUAUCUGUAUACCACUGUAUGUUUCUCACUUACAUUUUUGCCCAGCUCAGAAUUGUCACAUCCCAUUAAAACUGGUAAAAGGUGA